AGCAAAACGUGUAGGCAUAAUAUAACACGAUAUAACAUUACGAAACUGAUAAAGCUACUUUCUUUUCACAAUUAUUUGCAAUCAAAGUCUAACUUUUAAAUUAAAUGAACAGAUUAAAUGAGCAUUCAUGGAUUGAAAUUUGUAGAUUUCUCGGACCAAUGGAUAUAUUGAACCUGUUGCUGUCACUAAAUUUUUUUAAAGCUAUUUUCUCGAGUUCUGCAACGUUGAUACGAAAAUUUACAUUAUUUUUGGACGAAAGAAAUUUCCAUGAAGUUUUCAAAAACCAAAGUCUAUUGUCUAUAAAGUUCAAAAAUCUUUCCAUAAACUGUGCUGCAAUCGAUCCAAAAAACGUGUCAAUUAUACUUAGAACUUAUAAAAAUUCUAUUGACAACCUAUCUUUGAGCAAUGUUCAAAGUUAUGAAAUAAUUUCAAAUUGUUUUUAUAACUUCUGCUACUUAAAGUCACUAAGUCUUGAAAAUUGCAUGGUAUGUGUUGACAAAGUUAAUCCUUUACUUUUAAUAAAACCUUUAAAAUCAAUUUUAUUUCACAAUUGCGAUGAAAAUGUCAUUAAAAGUUUUGAAAAUCAAGUAAAUAUCGAAAAAGUUACAAUUUGUAGCUAUAAAUAUACUUACAAUGGGUUUCCACACGAUGAAUUUAAUAAUCUGCUUGAAAAGUUGACAAAUUUAAGUCAUUUGGUACUCGAUGGGGAUGGAACGUCCAGUUACUUUGAUGUUAACAGGUUUCCUUUCAAAGUUAAAAUUUUGGAAACAACUUCGAUUACUUUUAAUUUUUAUGUUGGAUUAAUAAACUCAAGGAUUGACUUUUUAAAAAGUCAAUUAGGAUUCUUGAAGGAGUUGACAAUCCAUAAGCUCCCAUUCGACUUUGACGGCAACGAAUUCUUGAAAUUUAUAAUUGAAGAGAUGCAACUUACAAAAUUUUACUACGGGAAAAUUCCAUUGAUUUUAAAAGGAACAAAGCAGGAAAUUAAGGAAUUUUCAGCAACAGAAACGCAAGUUAAAAGUGCAUUUGAAAUGUUCAGACAAUUUGGAUCGAUCAGAAAAUUCUCGCUAAUCCUUAGCAAUAUUGACAUCUGCAGUGAUGAAAUUGAGAAUGUCAUAAAUCCAGACACAGAACUUUUUAACAAUCUUGAGGAAUUCAAACUAAUUGACAAAAGUGAAUUAAGAGGACUUUUUGGAGUUUUUCUAGGACUUUAUCAGAAACUUAUUAACAUCAAGAAACUUACAUUUGAUACACAAGACAAAAACAUUGAGGUCAUCCUCGAAGAAAGUCUUCCUUACAUGAGAAAUUUGAAAGAAAUUUGCUUGACAUCAAACAUCCCAAAUGCAAAAUCCAGAUUUGAAAUAAUCAAGAAAUUGGUUGGAAGUUUGAAAAAACUGAUUGUUCCUAAAGAUUUAAUACCGAUAGCUCAACAAGUUUUUGAGGAUCAAAUUGAAAUUCUAGAAAUUUGUUAUUGA